CCUGCGCGUACAAGAAGUCAUUAAUUACCUGGCCCCCGUCUCUCUCCUGGUACCUACAAUGUUUGCCAGGUCCUUUGCCCCCAGGGCAUGCUUGCAGCAGUGCCCUCGGAGCUUGCGGUCAUAUGUUUUCGAGUCAUCUAGUCCAGCAUGGAGGUAUUUCUCCUCUAGCGCCUCUCGCACAAAAGCUGCUGGCAAGGUCAAGCAGGCCAGUCCUCCGCGGCAGCCUGAAGAUACCCUGAAGUUUGCAGGAAGACGGCCGGAAGGAUUCGGCAGGUUGGAACGGAAGGUCGCCCAGGAGGGUGAGCUAGUGUUAUUUGCAGCGCCGUCGCAUCGCAGCUACGUGAUCGGGGCCUACGGUAUCGCGGCGUUCUGCUUUGCCUACUCCGUGUUUAACUCCAAUGCGGUCUUUCGCGACCCAGUUAUCGAGAUCCCGAUGUGGCAGAAAAGCUUGUUUGGUGGUGUCUGCGUGGCAAUGAGCGCCAUGGGUACGGUAAUGCUUGUCAAGACUGCCCGACUGGUCCGCACCGUCAAGGCCGUCAGUACUAAGGGCCAGGCAUCUAUUCGGUUCACGGUGCGCAGUAUCGUCCCCUUUCGCAAGCCGUUUGAGUUUGACGCCCUGCCUCAUCAAAUUGCCUUCUCGCGUCGCUUGGUGAUAUCCCCGGACGCGAUCAGUCCCAUGCAGCAACAAGCCCAGGUGGCCUCAAAGGUGAGCCUUUUCAAGACGCCUGCGAAGGCGUUGAACAUGGCUCUCUGGGCGGUAUUCCAGUCCAUCCGCCAGAUCUUCACUCAGGAAGGCUUUAUCCUUUUGGAAGUCGAGGGCCAGAAUGGCGUUUUCCGUAUGGAUUCCGCUGGGUUCAUCUCGGAGGACUUUUUUGUCAUUGGCAAUCCUACAAAUAUGAGGCGUUGAAGCGAGCUUGUCGUUUAGAUUCUAUACCACUUUGAUAGCCUUCUUUCAAUGUCUAAAUUCUCCCCGUUUUGCCUGCUUGCCUUGCUAUUGUUGCCUGUUGUGCGGUGUGAAGACCUGUUCACCCGGUAUAGAGGGGAUGCGCGUUCUGGGCCACUAUAUUUCAGAAUUCC